UCCUCAACCCAGGAAAACCAGGAAAACCAGGAAAGCCAGCAGAACCAGGGAGCCCAGGAGGACCAGCAGGACCAGCUGAUUCAGCAGGACCAACAGAUUCAGCAGAAUCAGGAGAAUCAGGAGAUCCCGGAUAAUAAGGAGACCCAGGAAAUUACAAUCGCCAACGGAAGGUUCCGAAUCGACUACAAGAUUGCUUCCGGGGGCUACAGCCGCGUGUACGCAGGCACCGACAAGAAAACCAAUCAACAAGUGGCUAUCAAGCUUGAGGAGGUCGACCAAGAGGUCAGCUCCCCGUCCCGCAGGCAGGAAACCGUAAAGCUUGAGGGUCGGCUGUACCGCAAGCUCCCUCUUCACGGCUACCCCAAACUGCAUUGGACCGGCAGGACCAGAGGCGGGCUGUACGAUGUCCUGGUGACAGACCUGCUCGGCCCGUCGUUGUGGAAUCUGUUCGAGUACUGCGGCGAACGCUUCAGUCUAGAUACUCUUUGCAAUAUCGCCAUCCAGGCGCUCAAGCGCCUACAAGGUCUUCAUAAGGCCGGUAUCAUUCACAACGAUAUUAAGCCGAUGAACUUCGCCAUUGGGUCUGGCAAGAGCGGCAACACGCUCUAUCUUAUUGAUCUUGGACUUUCCUCGACUUGGGAAGAGAUCAAGGACAAGGAUGGGGUGAAACAGAGAGGCGGCCUGCUGGGGACAUCGUACUACGCACCUCUAGAAGCUCUGUGGGGAAGAGCGAGAUCAUACCGAGACGACCUCACGUCCCUGGGGCUCACUCUUGUCGAGCUGUCCAAGGGUAAGUUGCCGUGGGGGGAUGCGAAUGGCUCCCUGUGCCUGGGCAAGCGGGAGAAGAUCACGCUGGACGAGCUUUGUUCCGGGCUGCCGCAGGUUCAGUUCCUUAUGGAGCAUGCAAAGCAGUUGCGCUUCGAUCAACUGCCAAAUUACGGCCUACUGAUCAAAAAGUUCGAAAAGGCGCUCUCCGAUUCUGGAUCGGGGCGGACCUGUAUCUUUGAUUGGGUCAAGGUCAGGUAUCGGCGGAUGCAGAGGAAGAUGGAGGAGCGGGCGGCUGGUCUAGAGAACAGAAGGCGUUCUCGGGACGAAGAUGAUGAUGGCGAGGAAGAGGGACCUCCCCGGAGCCGGCCCCGGCAGCAAUAG